UUUGGUUACUAAAUCACGUCCUUGUACCUGGGUGUGUAUGUACUAGAAUUAUAGUGUUGUAACACGUGUUUGUGGUGUGGCAUUGGUGUUAUUGAAGAAGUUGGAGGUCCCUGUAUUGCCUGUAAAGCUGAUAAUGAAUCAACGAAUAUUACAACAUUUAAUGGUAGGACAUCUUGUAUCCAAUUGAGUGCAAGGAAUAUUGCCCAAUGGCGGUCACAUUACUUAUCCUAUGCCUGAACAUCCUGGUUUUUACUAACAGUGAAAACCCUAUCCCUGGCAGAGGAUACAACAUUCUGUUUGGUAACCCGGAUGGAGUUAAUCCCAUAUCAGGCGGUAAAGACCCUGGUAUACUCCAGCGUCAAAUACUAAACUCAAAUAUCUACACGACAAAUUCGCAAUUUAACAUUGCAAAUGUGAAUGACUCCAAUACAGUAGUCAAUACUUCAGAUACAUGUGAAAAGAUCGACACGGUUGAGUGGUUUUACGGAGAAAAGUCAUAUCAAGAGAAACUUUUGAAAUCUUUUCAAUUUUCAGGUGACGGUAACUUCCAAAUUCAAAGAUUAGCCUUCACCUCAAGUCCACAGUUUGUUCACCACAAGUACUAUACAUUUCCCGAUCAUCAGGUUGUACAGGAAUUCCAUGAAACUUGUUUACAUGAGGGUACAAAGUCUAUUUAUGGGGAUAAUACUUGGCAAAGCAGAAAUCCUUCAGUCACAGACGAGUUUGCUGCCGCUGUUUGCGGUCUUAGUUCUGUGUAUGAUGCAGAAGAAUAUCGAAAGUUCUUAGAAACAUGGGGAACACAUGUUAUAUUUUCUGCUGAGAAUGGAAAGAAGAAAAUAAAAAGAUAUAAGAAGAUUGAUGUGGAAUAUUUUGAUUAUGUGGAAAACAAGGUACCGGAAGCUAUAUUGCCUUAUUUUAACAAGGAUGCUCGUACAAUUGACCUCCGUGUUUUUGCCUCAAGUCCAUACUUUCAAACACGGUAUGGAGAUUAUAUGACAAGUCUUCAUGUAGGAACUGACGAAAAACAAGAACCUGUGUUUCUGAAGCUUAUAAGUAUAGACAUGAUGUUUCAAAAACAGUUCUGGAGUCUACUUGAUAGAUUCAUUGCACACAGUACGUGUAACGAGAAUACCACUGUACAGACCAUUGCGAGCAAGAAGAACUUUGUGAUUCAAGCUCUGAACGAGUAUAAAAAUAAUGCCUCGAUUCCACAAGACAAAAAUAUAGUGGUUCCUACCAUCUGGCCUAAAGGAACAUAUGCUUUAGUCAAAGUCCAACAACAACAAUACGGAAAUGCAUAUUGUCCAUCAGGAGUGCGAUGGGAUAGUAGUUCGGUCAGUUGGUGUACGGAAGACCAGAAAAAUGACUGGUCCCAAAGUCAACAUUUUGCAGGAUCCAAGUCAUCAGGAAACAUUCAACUCAAUUUCUGUGUGAAGCGCGAGGAAGCACCGAACAGGGAAGUACGAGAUUGGCCAAAAGGGGAUUACUGUAUCCCUCAAUACAGUGGUUGUCCUGAAGGUUUUUCGUCUGGAUAUGUACGCUGGGACACAAAAGAUAACACUUACGGCAGCUGUAAUCGAGCUUCUGGAUAUUACCCAAGCGGAACAUACAGUACUGAUAUAAUGAUGAACUUCUGUUGCAGAAAGGACAGUGAUUCGUCGAUACCUAUUACCUUGCCACGUGACAUACCAUUCUAUCUUAUACGAAACAACGGCUCUAAACAGUGCCAGCAAGUAAAUGGAAUGACAUCAAAAGAAGAAUAUAUAACAUGGGAUAAUGCAAACAAUUCACAAUUGUAUAAGAAGAAUAAGAUUACUGGUGAUAUCCAUCCAUUGGUGAAUGUUACUACAGAUUUUGACAUAACCAUGUAUUUUUGUUAUUAUUACAAAUAAAAUAAUAUUUUCAUGUGAAAAUGAUAUUAAAUAUAUAGUAUGUAUUAA